AUGUCUUAUGACUUGAUUAUUGUCGGGGCUGGACCGGCUGGAUUGACAGCGGCCAUUUAUGCUCGAAGAGCCCUCUUAAAAUGUCUAAUCUUAGAAAAAUCCUUAGCCGGAGGAAAGUUAAAUAAAACGGCUGAUGUUGAUAAUUACCCUGGCUUUACCACCAUUAAAGGACCUGAAUUAGCGGAAAAAAUGAUGGAACACACCAAGCAUUAUGAAAUCGACAAAGCGGUUAUUAUUGCUUCAGGGGCAAUUGAAAAGGAAUUAGGAAUUAAAGGUGAAAGAGAAUUUACUAAUCAGGGCGUUUCUUAUUGUGCUAUUUGCGAUGGAUUUCUUUUUCGGGAGAAAGAAGUAGUAGUAGUUGGAGGCGGUUACUCAGCCUUGGAAACUGCUCUCUAUAUGAGUAAUGUUGUCAGUCACGUUUAUCUUAUUCACCGACGCACUGAAUUCCGAGCCGAGAAAGAAAUAGUGGAAAAAGCCCAAAGUAAUCCGAAAAUAACCUUUCUUUUGAACUCUAUUCUCACUGAAAUUCAAGGGGGAGAAGCGGUGGAAAAAGUCAUUAUUAGUAAUUUAGCAGAUAAUAAAAAAAGUGAAUUAUUGGUUAAUGCUGUCUUUCCUUGUAUUGGGCUCUCGCCAUUUAGCAGUUUUACUCAUGAAUUAGGUGUUUGUGAUAAAGAAAAGUAUAUCGCGAUUAAAGACGACUGUUCGACGACUGUUCCUGGCUUAUUUGCGGCUGGUGAUGUAGCACGAAUAAGUCAAAAUAAAAUUAAGCAAAUUGUGACCGCCGUGGCCGAAGGUGCUAUUGCUGCUCAGUCAGUAAUUAAAUAUUUAGAAAAAUUAUAG